AUGUUUAGUGUAUUAAGUAGAUUUAGGGGCUCAAAGCCUGAGUCAAAGAAAGAUACUGAGAAACAAAAAAAGGAAGAGACUUUUCGGAUUUUGCACCAGGUAAUCGAUUUUGAAAGUGCAUUGCAAGCCAUGGAUUAUGUUCUUGAUGAUAGAAUGGAACAGGGAACAGCAUUAUUAGACAGUAUUGAUAAAAAAAAUGGUAGUCCUCAUACGAUUAGUGUGUUGGCAAGAGGUGUCGUAGAAUUUCUGCAAGCUACAUUAAGUUUCGAGCAUGAAGAGAUGAAAAAGGCUACAGAGACAUUGAUGAGAGCAGAAGACUUAUCAUGGAAGAGCAAGACCGAUGAUGAAAAGCAAAACUUUAAAUGUAGUUCGGUAUAUCCACCUGGGACCGUCUACGCUGUGACAUAUACAGAGUCCUUAUUAUUACAUUCAUUAUUAAUGUUAUUUAGUGAAAGUCUCGUUGAGGCUGCUAAAGCGUUAUUUAAAUUAAGAAAAGCUUAUUCGAUGCUUUCACAAAUCAUCCAAUUGGUUCACAAAGCUGAGAUGAAAAAACCUGUAAAUGGGGUGGAUUCUGCAACCCAUUCAGACGGUAUAUCUUCGACUAGUAACGAAAGUAGUCGUUGUAGUACUCAGAGCAGCAGUACCGGUGAUCGUAGUAAUCGUGGGCGAAGAAGUAAGACUCCAAGUGAAUCAGAAACAAGUUCUCUAUCAGAUGCUACUACAUUUACAUCCGUCGAUAUUCCAUAUAAAUUAACAGAAGAACAAAGAUGUGAUGACUCAUUAAUUGCACUUGCAGAAAGGAUACGGGACAUGCGAUUUGGUCGUUUGGCAGGUUCUCAUAUUGAUAAUUCGCCAGCUUUUAACAGACUGAGAGAUGAUCUUGGUCUAUAUACAACAAAGAAAAUUGAUAAACAAGGUACCAAUAUGACAGAAGAAUCGUAUAUAGCUGAGGAGUAUGAUCUAAAUCAAGCUACGAUCGAUGAAUUUAUUGCCUCUGGUGCUAAUCUAUGUUACGGUAUUUUACAAGUUGUUUUAUCAUUGAUUCCACCUGCUGUUGGUGCUGUAUUGUCUAUAGUAGGGUUUAAAGGCUCUAGAGAAGAGGGAUUAAGGUUAAUAUGGAAGUCCACAAGGCAAAGAAACGUUCAUGGUUGCAUUGGCCUAUUGGCAUUAAUGUUUUAUUAUGAUGGUCCAUUCCAAUUUAUAGAUGAUGACUUUGAUAUUCCUACAUCUCAUUAUGAUAAAGAUACUGCUGAAAUAAAUAGAAAUUAUACCAACCCUAACGAUUUCAAUUUGAUGACUAAUGAAAAAUUAUUACACCCAGGUAAAUUAUUAGAAAAUUCUUUGUUACAAGCAAGGGCCCUAUUUCCUCAUAGUGCACUGUGGUUAUUGAAUGAAGCCAGAAUGCUUUCAGCCAAAGGGAGAUUAAGCGAUUCUAUGACACUUAUGGAUUCCAUUGAUGUGAAUCAAAUUCAUAUGAGACAAGUGAAAGUUCUGAUGGUCUUCGAUCGAGCUAACACUUUGGUUAACCUGCAUGAAUAUGAAAGAGCUGCAGAAGAAUUAAUUUUUUUAACUGGUUUCAGUGAUUGGUCGCAUGCUUUUUACACUUAUUUUGCUGGCUGUUGUUAUUUAGAGAAAUGGAGACAAUGUGAAUUAAAGAUUAUUAAUUCUGAAAAUUCAGUGGUUUAUAAAGAACGUGCAGAGAAAUUACUCUUAAGUGCACCUGAUUUAUUAUCAAAGAAAACGUUUAGAUCCAAAAAUUUACCACUUGAUAGAUUCAUGGCAAGAAAAGUUAAUCAAUACAAGGCAACACAAUCUAAAUUAGGUUGUGAAUCUAUAGUUGAUGCCAUUGCUACGUCUCCUAUUCAUGAGAUUAUGUAUUUUUAUAAUGGUUACAAUAGAAUGACCAAUGAUAGUUUGAUUGUGACGAAGAGAUUAUUAACUGAAUAUCAAAAUGAGGCUACAGCAUUACAUGACCCAGAUCAAGAAUUGGUCAACAACUUAUUGUUAGCCAUCACAUUGCGUAGACUUCAAAAAUAUGAAGAAGGUUGUGAAUUACUUGACAAGAAAGUUUUACCUCAAAUCUUUACGUUACAAAAUGGUAAAGUGAAAUAUAGUAAGAAAACCAACGAUCCAUGGGCGUAUCCAACUGCCCUAUAUGAAAGAGCCUUGUUUAGUUGGAAAGAAGGUGGCGUAAAGAAAUUAACAGAAACUAGAGAGUGGUUAGUAAGAGCCCAAAAUUACGCAGAUGAUUAUGAACUAAGUACCCGGAUCUCGAUGAAGAUAAAGGCAGCCCUAGAUAGAGUAGAGGAGGCGCUAUGA